AUGAUUCCGGUAAGAAUUCAAGAUCAUACUGGAAGUAUAACUUUAACAAUGUUUGAACAAGAUGUGAAGAAGCUUCUAAAAAUUUCUGCAAAAGAUUUAGUUGCAAAAACAGCUAAGCUUGGUUUUUGUACUAACGUAUACCCGUCCGAUAUUAAUGUAUUGAAAGAUAUGAAAUUGGCUUUCAUAGUUUCUGUUUCAAAAUACAAUGUGCAAAGGAACACCAAUCAAUACACUAUUUCCAGGAUUAGUGAUGAUGAGAUUUUGAUUGAGGAGUUGGAAAAAAAAGGAGGUAAUUCACAAUCGUUUGAACAUGUUACCAUUGAUUGUGAAUCUCAAGAUAACAUAUUUAUAAAGAUUGAUGAUAAUGUAACACUAAUGAAUGUUUUCAAAUCGACAGCCACAAGCCCAAAAAAGAAUUUGGAUGCAACGAAAGGUUUGAAGCGAGCUCUUGAGGAUGAUUUUGUUUUGGAUGUCAAUGACAACAUGUCGUCAUCAAAGACUACAAAAGUUGUAGGAAGGGAAGCUGGACAACAUAAACUUGUCAAGGUUGAGUUGGAAAAGUGA